CUGUCUGUUGACUUACCAAUGCUGGUCAGCCUGCAAAACAUGUUUUCUCAGCUUAUAAAAAUGUUUAAGCCUCUUACCCCAGUGCAGCGAGCCUAUUUAGCCACUGCCUCACUGCACACUUCUCUGGGGAUGUUUGAAUCGGUUGUCAUUUGGAGAACAAAGUCUGUCGCAGCAAACACUGUGGUAUUUUACCUGACCAGCGCUUUGGUUGCCUUGACACAAGUGAUGGUUGAAUUAGAUGUGAAAUCAACUGCACCUUACUUUCUCACUGUCUUCGGUUGCAUUUUUCUGGCCAACUGUUUCUAUCUAAUGGUGUGUCUGUCCAGUGCUAAAGACAAGCACAUUUCAUGGGUAUGCUUCACAUUUUUGGCUCUGUACUAUGGAAUAUGCCACGCACUGCACAACAAUAUGUUGGUUGUUGGUAGCAGAGAACAAUUCUUGCGCGUCUUGCUAUUUGCCUCCACGCUUGCGAACAACUUUGUCCCGUUUGAAUCGCUGCUGGCUACCGUCAGUUCAAGAAAUCGGAGUUGUCCCCCACAAUGGAUCCCUUUGACGACCGGAUUGUUGCAAUCACUGUUUGGGGGUCUACAUCAUCAUCGGUUGCACGAUGCUUUAAUGGCUCCGGCGGAUGCCCUUGGAGUCGCUGUUCAUCUCUUUGGACUCAUCGUCGAGAUGCAGUCGUCAUUUGUACGUAGUUAA